AUGAAAAUAGUUCUUCCUCAUCUCGCUAUUGCGCUCUUGAGCGUUGUAGCGCCAGCACUUGCUGUGAUGUAUGACUGUUUUGGGACCAUUAUUGAUGGGGAUGUCGUGAAGAGAGCAGAGGCUAGUCACGAAUAUGCUAGUACUUCAAAAGUAGCCUUAAUUAAAGAGGAUUCGAAAAUUCCAUACACAUACUUUGAUAUCCAUACCACUGGUCAAUAUUCCGAGAGAUAUACAGGUUUUGCCUGCUUUGUGGACACAGCUAUGACCAAACCCGAUGUGCGGAAACAUCAUGAAGAAACUUGGUGGCCGUGUAAUCGCCUAACUUCAAGUUGA